UCUGGAACAACACGCUAGGAGGAGACUUCCGCAUCGGGAGGAGGGUGAAUAAAACGCAUAAAAUCUUGUCGCUUGGGUUUAAGCAGCAUUCAGCAAAUACGUUUAACGUCUGCAGUGUCAGUAAAUACAGUCAGUGGGUGUGUUGUUCAGAAGUAAACCCUAGCAAGCUUGCUAAGAAACAUUUGGCGUGCCGGUGUGGGGCAGUCGCGUUGGCCUUAGCAGAAAGGACCAUGAGAUGAGCUCUGUCCUCCGUUUACUCUCUGGUUCCCGCCGCGAUGAACGACAAGCUGGUGUUCUUGGGGCUGCUGUACUUUGUCCAGGGCAUCCCGUACGGCCUGCAGUCCUCGCUGCUCCCCGUGUACCUGCGGGGCGCUGGCCACUCCCUCACCCGCAUCAGCCUCACCAAAGUGCUCUAUUUGCCCUGGGUGCUUAAGGUGCUUUGGGCCCCUCUGGUGGACCGGACGGGCACCAAGCGCUGCUGGCUCGUGGCCACGGUGGCCGGCCUGGCCCUGGCCUGCCUGGCGGGCGGCACCCUCUCGCCCGAGACGCAGUACGCGGGCGUGGCGGCCUGCCUCCUGGCCAUGAACGCGCUGGCGUCGGUGCAGGACAUCGCGGCGGACGGAGCGGCCGUGCGCCUGCUGCGGGGGCAGGACGAACUCGGCCUGGGCAACACCGCGCAGGUGGUGGGCUAUAAGGCCGGGUCGGUGUUCGCCGGCGGGGGGCUCCUGGCCGUCAUCGACGUGGCAGGCUGGGGAUGGAUGUUCACGCUGCUGGCGUGCGUGUACGCCGGGGUGGCGCUGUUCGUGUGGGGCGCCCCAGUGCUGGACGGUGAGCCCGGCCGCACGCCCAGCGAGACCCGGAGGGGCUCCAGGGAAGCAGCGAGACCCUGGAGAGUUUGGAGGAAGCUGAUGGCGGUCCCCGGGACCACAUGGACGGUGCUGUAUGUACUCACCUAUAAGCUAGGUGAGCAGGGGGCCAUCUCCAUGUUCCCACUCUUCCUAUUGGACCACCACAUGACGGCGCGUGAACUCGGCCUGUGGAACGGCCUGGUCGCGAUGGCGUUCUCCAUUGGCGGGUCCUCUGUCGGGGGUUUCUUACUUUCCCAGUACAGCCUCGGCUUAUUGAUGAGGCGUGUGUUCGUAAUUCGGACUGUUGGCAUGGUUUUCCAGUGCUCUUUACUCACUGUGCUGGAGCCCUCUUCCCUUAUGAAAGGGAUUUCUGUGUUGAGUCUGAGUGCGCAGCACUUCAUCGCGGGCCUCAUCACCACACUCACCUUCACCUGCAUGAUGAACUGCACACAGAGAGCUGAAGAGAGCAUCCAGGCUACUCACUACAGUUUCUUGGCUACCCUGGAGGUGCUGGGCAAACUGAGCUUCAGUGCCCUGGCUGGGGGUAUGGUGGACACAGUGGGCUUUCCUAUAGCCUUCCUCCUCUUCUUCUUCCUCACUUCCAGCAGCGCCCUGCACGUGUGGCACGCCACGGAGACGGGCGUCCUGAAGGACCAGUCGAAAGGGCAGCCGCAGUGAGUGGCCCGACGCGAGGGAUGGGGACAGAGGGUUUAGGUACCAGGUUUCAGGACGUGCGCUCGGAGAACAGCGGUUUCAGCCACCAAGCAAGAAACGCUGACAUUUGGUUAAGUUAAUUCAGAAGUUAAGGCUUCAGUCGAAAUUCCCUGUCCUCCUGUUAGUCUUGAAUAGAUCUGAAUGUUAGUAGAGCCAUAAUAAAAAUAAAGUAAGAAAAUCUCUAAAACUCAAAACUGCAUUGUGUGGAACGAAAACCACUAAACCAAAAAAAGCAAUUUCACAACAUACAGUUAAACCAGCAAAGAGCGCCACCAGAGCCAUGACUGUUUAGAAGGUUCUGAACCGCCGUCUUGCAGCACACAGGGCUGGAACGCCAGCACUGACCAUUUUGGUGUUCCCCAGCAUCAGGGACUGACUCCGGUUUGUUAGAGCGAUGAGUGGAAAACACUGAACCACUGUAGCGCUGUGGCUCUCUGAGCCCAGUGCCGUCGGACCUCGCUCCGCUAACCCCCCACCCCACCUCGCCCCACCGCUACUCGUCGACGACUCAGGCCUUUGGCGCUGUCAGACGUGGACGUGUUGGGAUAUGCCAACACCUUCGCUCUUCAGUAGCUAGCUAAACCAGCUGGCUGCCUCUUUGGAUGUCGUCAAACUAAGCCAUGGCUUUCGCCGAGAGCACGUCUUGUCUGCCAAAAGCAAAGCUCGCAGUCUUCUGUCCAUACGUUUAACGGUAAAAUCAAAACAAGUAAAGACUACUUAACGUGUAGUAAUUCAGACUAGUGAAUUACCUAUAAUGAAAGCUGAAUAGAAGUUUUGUUAUGGAAUAGACUGAUAUCCAGUAGCCAAUAAAGUAAUCUUUGUUAUAGUAUUCUUCUAUAGCCACAAUAUCUUUCUGAAUAUAGUAUGACUCAAAGCUGCUCACACUGGUGAAAUGGAAAUUUCGGAAUUUAAUUGCUUAAUUUAAUUUUAAUAUUUUCUAAGCAUUGUUUGUACAAUUCAGAGAUGGUUUUCCAUGUUUUCCUUCACUGCUUCACAAAACAAUGAUCAAUAACACGAUUAUGACAACAGGUUCAAUGGCUUUCCCAUCUUGCAACAAUGUCCUUGAAAUGACAAUUGUCACUUUCUGUAGUAUUUUUGUUACUAUGUUGACAAUGUUAAAUACUGUAAAUCUGAAGUGUUGGAUGGGGGGGAGGUGUUUAGAGCACACUGUGUUCAUUCAUGUAUCUGAGCCAUUUUUUAAGUGAUCUGCAUUUCCUAUGCAAUAAUGCAAUAAUACAUCCAAAUUUGUUGUGAACAGAUGUAUUUACAUGUAAGACUGUACAUUUAUUUUAGCUUUCAUUUAGAAUGCUUCUGUUCAAAACAUUCUGAUGUUAGUAAAAUAAGUUGAGUUGGGGCCAGUUAGUGUUAUGCAAAGGACAAUGGAAGCCAUGUUAACUGACACCCCCCACCAGCUUUUCUUAAGACGUUUUGGCAUUUUUGGAAAAAAACUCUUGCAUUCAGCAUCAGAAAAGGGAAGUUCAUGUUUGAUAUGUUUACUUUAACACUCAAGCCUGAAGUUGAAGCAAAUGUGUGGUGUCUUUUUAUUUAUGUAUUCAUGGGCAAAAAAAAAUAAUUCUUUAUAGUUUAAUUGGUUUUGUAUGUUUAUUUCAUAAUGUCAGGUGACAUGUACGUGUGUGUGUAUUGCUAAAAACUUGCUUAGUGAGAUUUAAGGGGCCUUAAAUAUGCAUACAAAGUAGAACAUUGAAAAAAUAUUCUGCUAAAAUAAAGUAAAUAAUUAAAAGGUAACAAUGCAAGCUAGCUGCACACAGAACAAUAGCAUGUAGUAGUAUAAUUAGUAUGGUUAUUUAAGAGGUUUCAAAAACUACCAUAUAAGGUGCUGUCCUUUCAUGGCAGGUCAGUUCCCCCACACCAUCUUUUCUCAUUGGAACCACCUCUAUAAACAUUCUUUGAUGUACCAGCAACACCUUGCACAAAAGAAAAUCAAUAAAACUUAGAGCUGGA